GGUUGUUCAUUUCCGGUCGUGAGCUUCGCCAGUGCAUAUCGUUAGAUAUCAGUGCAUUCUGACGUAAUUAUUUUUAUAUUUAGCUUAUUUGAAAAAUAAGACAACCGUUGUCUAUCUUACCUCGAAAUGGCAACAACAAUUAGCACGCAACGGGGACAGGUCUACAUUGGUGAGUUGCCUCAGGAUUUUCUGAGGAUCACCCCGACUCAACUGCAACAGCAGGUACAGUUAGACGCCCAGGCAGCCCGACAGCUGCAGUAUGGAGGAUCUUUGGGGACAGCUGGUCGCCUCAGCAUCACUGUAGUACAGGCAAAGCUUGCAAAGAACUAUGGUAUGACACGCAUGGACCCUUACUGCAGGAUUCGACUUGGGUAUGCUGUCUAUGAGACUCCUACUGCCCACAAUGGAGCAAAGAACCCUCGCUGGAACAAGGUCAUCCAGUGCACUGUCCCACCUGGGGUGGACUCCUUCUAUCUGGAAAUCUUUGAUGAGAGGGCAUUUUCCAUGGAUGAUCGCAUCGCAUGGACACACGUGACUAUCCCAGAGGGCCUGCGUGAGGGCACCGUAGUGGAUGAGUGGUACAGUUUGAGCGGAAGACAGGGUGAUGACAAAGAGGGCAUGAUUAAUCUUGUCAUGUCUUUUGCAUCAAUACCAGCGGGAAUGAUGAUGCAGCCGCAACCUGUGGUUCUGAUGCCUACAGUUUAUCAGCAAGGGAUUGGAUAUGUGCCCAUAGCAGGUGUCCCUGGUAUGUACAACCAAGGUGUGGUACCAAUGGGAAUGCCAGCUGUGCCUCCUGUUGCACCACAGAGCCCCAUUUGCAGUGAAGAAGACCUUAAAGCCCUUCAGGAUAUGUUUCCCAACCUGGACAAGGAAGUGAUUCGCACUGUUUUGGAGGCCCAACAGGGCAACAAGGAUGCUGCCAUAAACUCCUUGCUACAGAUGGCAGAGGAGCUUUAACUGAAGAACUGCCACUCACAGCUUAAAUAUUCAACUGUACCAACAAUGUAAAACUUUAUACCAAAAAUACCUUGUAAAAAUGCACACUGAAGUCUAUCAACCCUUAAUAGUAGCAAGUAAAUCUAACAACUUGUAAUUGUUUUUGCUAAAUCAGCAUUCAGAAUGAAUGUUUCUGGAAUGUUAUAGAGAAUGUAGGAUAAUUUUGCAAAAGAGUAUCGUGUCGCAUGUCCACUGAGGGCAGUAUACCAUAUCUGUAUUGUAGUGAUCCCAUGUUUUAAAGAUGUUUGAUAUUAUGCUUUUAUCUGUAUGAAUUUAGUUACAUAUAUGUACAUGAAUAUAAUUUAUUUUGAAGAUUAUUAAAGAGAUAUCAGAGUA